AUGAUGGUUGUCAGGUGUGUUGAUGUGUACAACUACUCAGCCCAGCCCAGAACACCACACCAGAAAGAACGUCAUGAUCAUGAGAUGAGAGUAAGCGUUGUGAAUUUUGUGAUCACCUGGGCGAUGGCACUGGCAAUGACACAUGCAAUUUGAGCUUGAUUAUAACAGGAAAUAUGCAAGCAGGAGUAUUAUUAAAUAUAUACAUUCAUGAGGUUUCAAUUUGUAUGCUACAUUUUGAUCAAUAUUAGUGGUGUGUAAGUGAAUCAGAGAUUGAAGCAACGGUUUAUUUUUGUUCACGACUUAUCAGUGCUGCAAUUUUCAAUAGAUUAAAAUGCCUUACGUCUUAUCAAAUGGUGAAAUGGCUGACAAGCAGCCAUGGGGCAUAGCAAAAAUAGUUGCAAUGUUUUGGGGCAUCCUGAAUUUCUUCUUCAUGUUUUUCAGGACAUUGAUCAGUCCUGGUUCCCAUGCACGAGGUGAUCAGUACACUCAGGACUUCCGAGGACCUGGUGGAGGGGGCUCUGUGCACCAUGUGACGAGUGAUGCGGACAUGGCGGCACAGCUGAAAAGAGCUGGGAGCAAGUUGGUAGUUGUCGAUUUCUUCGCCACAUGGUGUGGACCGUGCCGCAUGAUCGCACCCUAUGUGGAGCAGAUGGCAGCAGAGACGCCAAAUGUGGUGUUCCUCAAGGUGGAUGUGAAUCAAUGUGACGGUGUCGCUGCACAGUACAGCGUGAGAGCCAUGCCGACCUUUGUGUUCAUUAAGAAUGGGCAUAAGGUGGACUCAUUCUCUGGUGCAGACAUAGAAAGACUGAGAGUCUUUGUGUAUAGGCACUGUUAAAGAGAAAAAGUGUAUAUGCUCCAGCGUUGUCAAUAAUGUUACUGUUAUUUUCUUAUCAAGAAUAUAAUUUAAAACGUACUAUAAUAUUAAUUUUAAUUUUAAAUGUAUAUUUGAAACAACUUUGUUUUUCAAUGUUCUCUUGGUUUAUUUUCUGUUACAUUGUGAUAUAACAAUAUAUCCUCUAAAAAAAUA